UCUCUCUCUCUCACACACACACACACACACACACACACACACACACACACACUCAAAACUCGGCUCGGCCGCACCACAGCUGCUCCAAUCCCAGGAAAAGGCGAGCGAGCGGGCCAGGCGUGCGCACCCCUCUCCGUGCCCCACGCAGCGCUAGUCCGGGUCCCCAGCGCCGCGCUACGGACGGGUGUGCCGGAAAAUAAAGCAGAAAGGGUAAAGACAGAUCCUGAAAACACCCUGGCCACACACGCCACAACUUAAGCUCUUUCUCAGCUCCGGAGUGAAGACGGCUCCUGCAGCGACCUGAGCCCGUGAAAUCCGCGCCACUGUCGGUGAAGAGCCCACCUGCCGUUCCGCGACACGCCAGAGCAAAAAGUGGGGCUUGUCACUGUCCUGCUCAGGCAGUGCCCGGGGCUCCGGGCGCUCUCACCUCAAGUAGUUUGGAAUUCAACCUCGGCUCAGUCCCCAGCCCCUCGCGCUUUGGAGUGUCCCCCCGCGACCCAUGGAGUGGACACGCCACCGGGACCUCGCUAUGACAAGGGCGCGUAGGCUGCUCUGUCUGUGGCUGGGCUGCUUCUGCGUUAGCCUGGCGCAGGGAGAGAGACUGAAGCAGCAUUUCCCGGAGCUCAGCAAGACUGUGCCAGGUGACCUCUCAGCAGGUGGUGUUCCUGGGCCCCUGCUGCAGCCGCACGACAAGGUGUCCGAGCACAUGCUGCGGCUCUAUGACAGGUACAGCGGCGUCAAGGCCAAGGUGGCGCGGACACCAGGGUCCUCAGAGAGGGGCGCACAGCCCUUGCGUCCCAAGUCCCUGCGCGAAGGCAACACAGUUCGCAGCUUUCGAGCUGGAACAGCAGGAACCCUUGAAGGCAAGGGUCUGCAUAUUUUUAACAUGACUUCUCUAACCAAGUCUGAAAACAUUUUAUCUGCCACACUGCAUUUCUAUGUCGGAGAGCUGACGAACAACAGCCUGAGUUGUCCAGUGUCGAGAAAAUGCUCCCAUCAUGCCCAACGGAAACAUGUUCAGAUCGAUCUCGCUGUAUGGAUCCUCAAACCCAACAGAAACCAAAGUCGACUCCUGGGUCAUCUUUCAGCAGAUGUGGCCAAACCUCAUCGAGAUGGCGUGUCUUGGCUGUCUAAAGAUAUCACACAACUCUUGAGAAAGGCCAAGGAAAGUGAGGAGUUCCUCAUAGGAUUUAACAUAACUUCCAAAGGACACCAGCUGCCAAAGAAGAUGUUAUCCUUUCCUGAACCAUAUGUCUUGGUAUAUGCUAAUGAUGCUGCCAUUUCUGAACCAGAGAGUGUGGUAUCAAGCUUCCAAGGUCACCGGAAUUUUCCUACAGGAUCUGUGCCCAAAUUGGAUAGCCAUAUCAGGGCUGCCCUUUCUAUUGAACGGAGGAAGAAGCGUUCUACUGGGGUCCUGCUGCCUCUGCAGAACAAUGAGCUUCCUGGUGCAGAAUAUCAGUAUAAGGAGGAUGGGGUAUGGGAGGAAAGAAAGCCGUACAAGACCCUUCAGACUCAGCCCCCUGAGAAGAGUAAGAACAAGAAGAAACAGAGAAAGGGAACUCAUCAGAAGAGCCAGACACUCCAGUUUGAUGAACAGACGCUGAAGAAGGCAAGAAGAAAGCAAUGGAUUGAACCUCGGAAUUGUGCCAGGCGAUACCUUAAGGUGGACUUUGCAGAUAUUGGCUGGAGUGAAUGGAUUAUCUCCCCCAAGUCCUUUGAUGCCUAUUAUUGCUCUGGAGCGUGCCAGUUCCCCAUGCCAAAGGCUUUGAAGCCAUCAAACCAUGCUACCAUCCAGAGUAUAGUGAGAGCUGUGGGGGUUGUUCCGGGAAUUCCUGAGCCUUGCUGUGUGCCAGAAAAGAUGUCCUCGCUCAGUAUCUUAUUCUUCGAUGAAAAUAAGAAUGUGGUACUUAAAGUAUAUCCUAACAUGACAGUAGAGUCUUGUGCUUGCAGAUAACCUGGCAAAGAACUCAUCUGAAUGCUUAAUUGAAUCAGUUUAUUUUUAUUGACUUUGUUAUUUGCACUGUCAAUGCGUUUCAUUCCAAAAGAUUUUUUAAUACUCAAAAAGAAAAAAAAGAGGAGCGAAUAGACUGACAAUUUCCACCAGGGAGAACUGGACUGUAUUUGUUUCUGAAUGUAACUCAAUGUAAGGAUUUAAUAAAUACAAACAUCUAUUUCUGUUUUAAAAAUCACACUAGGAAAUGAUAACUCAAACUGUUUUUAGGACUGUUAGAGAACACAGUGAUUUAUUUUUGUAAUGGACUUUGAAAAUAGAUUGGAAAAAUAAUGAUAGCUUAUCCUUCAUCUCCCCACAUAGAGAAUCAAAUACUUUCCUAUUUUCAAGUAGGCUUAUUGCCUUAGAUUCCUGAGCAACUCAGUAAGUGGUAAAUAACCCAAUCAAUGUUGAUGCUUAUCUUAAAAAUACUGGAGACUCCUGUUUACCUGUGUUUUUCUGCACCCCGCAGAGUGUGAACAGUUGAGUGGUGAGUGUGUGCUGCGUGUCACCUCGAAUGUGUGUGCGCACUACCAGAUGCCUGUGCCCUCUGGAGGAAGGUUUGCUUAACAUGGAUUUAUAAUUCAGCCUACACAGGAUUCCUUACUUUUUUAAUUUCAUGUUCUGGCAAGCACCAUUCAAUUAUGAGAACUUGACCAAAAUAGGAUCGAGUGAUCCAAGAGCAUAUGUAGAGAGUUACCACUCGGCCCAGCCAUUUAAUUGGAAAUACAGUUGUUUUCAUUUCAUUGCCUCCCAGAAAAGGAAACCAGCAACCCCAUUUUCCAAAAUCCAGAUGUAAUUCCUCUCCUAUGCCUCUCUUUGUAUGUGCUUUCCUUUGCUCUUCUAAGUUGAACUCAAAAAUCCUUCCUGAAACCAUUAAAUUCUUAGUUCUCUUGCUAUGCAUUUACUUCCUGUGAAGUAAUCAAUCAAUGCCAAGGUUCAAAAACUGAUGGGAUAUUAGAGGUUUAUUUAAAUGGCCGAUUUAAUUACAAUCACAGAUUCAUUAUCAUUCUUCGUCCACAUUCAGGUCCAGGCACUUUAUCACACGGACGGAGACUUUUGACUCAGUCAUGAAAUGUAGUUAGCAAAAUUCACUAAAAAUUAUCCACCAAGAAAAGGAGUCCAAUACAGAUACUUUGUUUUCUCUCAUUUCCAUUUGUCAUAAGUAUUUCCUCUUAUAAUGUUUUCCUUGAAUAUUGUCUCAAAAAGUUUUCACUCGCUGUGAAAGCAUUCAGAAAUGUUUUCAGACCAUGGAUUGUCAUUGAUGUUAUAUCUGUGGUUAAAUUAAUCCUCAUCUUACUCCAGUCUCACCUGGUUAGAGAUGACCAAGCCAUUGCAGAGGUUGUGAAGUAUCAGAAGACAUAGGGCUUGCUCCGUCUCUGCCUGUAGUCCUCUAUUGUCGUUCAUCAUUUAAUAAACAUUUAUUGAGCACAUAUUUUGUAAAAGACACUAUAUUAACCAUGUGUCUUUAGUGUCCUAAAAUGAAGAGUCUGUCUAACUAAGCUGGAAAGCCCUUCUGGCACUGAAAAUUUGGGUGUAUGAUAUUGGCUGUAUCAUACACAGCUUUCUUGAAUGGAUGAUAGUAAGACCUUAAAACACUGCGAGUAUCUCUGUUCAUAAACCCUAUGCAAAAACAUUCCACUCUUCAGUGCUUGUGAAUGUCAAAGUCUCCGUUUAAGUAGUAUUUCUCUCUUACUAGAACCCCAUUUACAGAAGAUUACCACAAAAAGCAGCUCUUCGAUAUUUUUGGAGUACACAAAGGUCGGUGUUCACGUGCGUUAAGUUCGUGAAUGAGAUAAACCAGCUCUAAAUAAUAAAUUAAGUUCUGGUGCUUGAGUUACUAUGUUUCUUAGAGUUUAUUCUUUUGUUGUUGUUGUUCUUGUUCUGAUAGAAUAAAGUUAAAGAUUCGAAAUGAGGUAGGUGAUAAAAUUACUUUUAAAAACUUUUAAUCAAAAAUUUGAAAGGAAAAUUAUAUAAUAGAAGCAAGCCAGCUUGUGGCCACAAUAUAUCCCAGUCACACUGUUUUUCAAUAAAGAAAAUCUCUUUUUCAUUGGUAGAUUUGAUGAAGCUUUUAACUAGUUUUUUUCUAGAGGUAUUUCAACCAAACCUCUAGCAAUUCCCAGUAUUACAUUUCAGUCUUUUUCUAUCCAGAUGUCUUUUGCUACCUUUCUUAAUGGAAUUGAUGCCUACAUGUUACAAAUUAAAACCUAAAAUGGCCCAAAGUCCUCUAAAUAAUAAAAAUGUACAAGUACAAACUAAUUAAGAUUUUAUUGUAAGUGGCAAUUUUAUGAUAAAAUUGCAACACAAGGAAAGAGCUUGGAUGGUCUCUGGGCAAUCACAAUCGUCCUCGGCCAGCAGUUCUGUUGAGGGGGCAGCGUGCCCCUCAAUUCACUGCUGCGGCGAGGAUGCGUUCCUGUAUGAACAGGAAAAGUUCCAUUCCCACAGAAUAAAGAAAGGUUACUUUUCACUAGUGGCAGUUGCAGUAAAUGAGUUAAUAUCUUAAUUUAUAAAAAUGUACUUGAAAUAGUUGGAAAAUGAAUUAACUAUUUCACAAUUUGUUAGGUGCCCGUGUCCGUGUAAGUGCUACAUAGAUUUUUUAAUAAGUCUCCUGAUAUAAAAGCGGCAGUGGCGAGAAGUCACGUUUCCAACACCAUUCCGAAGUCACGCGACUCCGCCCGUCUCUCCGUCUCUCCCCUUUCCCCCCACCUCUGUGUGUCUCUGCCAGGUCUCCUCUCUCUUUCUCCUGACCCCCACCCUGACCCCACUCCUGGAUGUGAGACACAGAGGCACAAACACAGUCACUCAAAAAUUGAAUUUUUUCAAUAACUAUUCUCUGAAAUUCAAAUUCAGGGGCUGCCGAUGUCAAUAUAGUGUUUUCAAAUGUUUUAUUGUAACCUGUGUAAGUAACACACAGUUUACAGGAUUCGGGGCUGUGGAAUCGCAACUGGAAGACGGGACUCCCCAGAUGGCAGGACUAUUCCAGGCACAUUUUUAUAUCCGCCUAGCUAUGGAUUCACCGAUGAUCAUUCGUUCAUUGGUUUUUACCUUAAUAUUUCUGAAAAAAAAAACUCUCUUGUUGUCCAUUUAAAUAUUUUCAUAGGUAAUCAUAUGUGUAUAAUACUAUUAUCAGUCUGACAUAAAUUUAUAUAAUAACAUUACUCAGUUUAGUCUUUCUGCUGUCACUUUCCUCUGUGCUAACAAGUAACUAAGGUCUGGACGUUUACUUCGAUUUGAAUGAGAGUCGGGUUAAAGAACAGCUAUGCACACCUGAUGCGUAAGAUUAAAUAUGAGAUUAAAUAAGAAACCUUGGGUAAGUCCGACUUCUCUGUAUAGCUUUUUUCCCCUUAAGAAUCAUAUUUUAAUGUAGUUUAUAGGUGAUUAAAUGAUCCCCCUUUUCAAAGAGCCAAGCUUUCCUCUCAGCUUUCUGCCUAGUUUCUGUAAAUGUUUUAGUAGAGAAUCUGAUGCUUGUACAGUCAAUGGUAAUUUUAAAAAUAUAUAUUAUAUAUGUAUAUGGAAAAACUUUAAAGAUGCUUUUAAUUUAUUUAAUGAUUGUUGCCUUCUUAUAAUAGUAAUAAUUUUCAUCCUUUGAUGGUGAGGAAAAAACUCUUUUACGACAGUUAUUACAUGAAAAGUGAAAUUUGGGUCAUUGGUCAAGUCCACUCGAGGGGCGCACCGCAGUGGGUCUGGGAAGGACACGUCACUACUGAUGCAGAAGCUUUGCUGACCUUGUAUCCUUUCCUCCAGUGAUGAAAAGUUUUCCAUGACAUAGUAUGGAAAUAAAAAACUGCUUAAUUGAA